GCUGACGGCAGCGUGAUUGCGUCGGCAUUCACGCAGCACGAAUACUUCUACACGGCGUGCGUCCAGCUGUCUCAAUCAGGCACUGCAAUGCUGGUGCUGGCAAACAUGGGGCUGCUGCUGACAAUCUUGCUGGGCAAGCUGCUGGUACGGGUCUUCUUUGGGCAGCUGCGCGCUGUGGAGGUCGAACGGCUAUACGAGCAGGGCUGGCUUUCAAUCACAGAGACGCUUCUAGCGCUGGCGGUGCUCCGCGAUCAGUUUGAUGUGGCGACGCUGAGCAUGUUUGUGUUUUUGCUUUUCUGCAAAAUAUUCCAUUGGAUGCUCGAGGACCGUAUAGGCUUUAUGGAGCAGCAGACACGACUGACUGCGCUUUUUUUUGUGCGCACGCUGUCGCUGUCUGCUAUCCUCGCCGUCACGGACUGCCUUAUGCUGAUGUACGCCGCGGAAAACACUCGGCGGUACGGCGCGACAAUGAUGAUUGUCUUUGGCUUUGAGUAUGCGCUGCUGCUUGUGCGUUUCCAGUCGACAUGCGCCAAGUUUGUGCUCAACGUCAUCGACAUAUCCCGCGGCAGCGAAUGGGAAGAGAAGCAGUCGUUUGUGUUUUACGUGGAUCUGCUGCACGACUUUGCAAAGCUGCUUGUGUAUCUGGGCUUCUUUGUUGUGCUGACCAUGUACUACGGCCUGCCUAUCCACAUUUUGCGUGAGCUGUACAUGACCAUCCGAUCGUUUUAUACUAGGUGCGGCGACUGGGUACGGUACCGCAAGGCAAUGCAGAACAUGCACCUGCGUUACCCGACUGUCAGCCAAGACGGGCUGGAUGAGAUGAACGAUAAGACAUGCAUUAUCUGCCGCGAGGAGAUGUCCGGCCCGACCCAGGAGCAGGCUGAUGCGUGGAACAACGCCCGGCGAGCCGGGAACGCUCAGCCGCUAUCAGGGGAUACGCCAAAGCAGCUGCCAUGCAGCCACGUGUUUCACUUCAACUGUCUUCGCAGCUGGCUCGAGCGGCAGCAGAGCUGCCCGACG